UUUGGAAGCAUUGGGGCGUUGUCUUCAUAUAAGAUGAGCGCACUCCCUUCUCUUCGAGGCUCCUCACGUUCUACCUAGGACCAGCUCUAGAGCACACACAUCAUGUCAACCCCGAUUGACAGCGCAGCGCCUACGCUCGCUCCGUCCUCACCCACUAUCCCGAACCACGAAACCGCCUCCCUAGGCAACGAUCAGAGCAAGGAUAGCCUCGUCAAGAUCGCGCCUUAUCCAUUCGACAACGUUUACUCAGACGCCGACGUCGUGCUGCAGACUGCAGACGGUACGCGUUUCUACCUGCAUAAGGCAGUCCUACGCAUCGCGUCGGCGUUCUUCGCCGACAUGUUCUCCUUGCCGCAACCGCUGUCUCCUGACUCGCCGGUUGCCGGUCGCGCUGAGAUACCGACCAUCCCGGUCACGGAGGACAGUGAGACUUUCGAGCGACUACUGUAUACGUGCUACCGGGUCGACAGACCUGAAACGUCCUCCAUUGAAGCUCAUACUCUGGCGCAUGUCCUUAGCGCGGCACUCAAGUACCAGAUGCCGAUCGGCACCGCCAUGAUGAGCAAGUCAUUGUCGUCUCGCAUUCAUAUGACGCCCCUGGAUGUCUUCGCAGUCGCAUACCAGUUGAAUCUGGAAGACAUGGUGGAAGAAGCAGUCUGCGAAUUCACGAGAUGGCAGUCCGGGCACAAAGCCGCAUCGCGUGGUUCCAAACCGACCGCCGAGAAGCCACGGCGGGCCCAUCCACUCGAUGAGUAUUCUGUAGGAAUGGAUGCUUUACCCGCAGGCGUGUAUUACCGACUUCUUCAACACCAUGCUGCUAGAACCUUGGAAUCGCUACGAUCAAGCACAGAGGCCGCUGUAAGGCGUAUCGUAUCACGUCCUCGAGACACCGAAAAGGCUCGCGGGACCGAGAUGGCUAUCGGACGACUACCUCAUCCCUUUUACGACACCGCUCACGCGGAUACCGUUAUUCGCUCAUCCGACAACGCGGUAUUCUACAUGAAUCGCUCGCUGCUCAGUUUCGCUUCACCAGUCCUUGCCAAGUCGCUCUCAGUGUCCUCCACGACGACGGGAUCCGGCGCCCCAGAGAGCGCGCCAGCCAGUCCCACCUUCGUGGCGACGCACCGUUUCCCGGAGGAUGGACGGACGCUUUCGAAACUCUUCCAGCUGUCUUACCCCAUGCCUGACCCCGAGCUCACCGAGACGGGCUUCGCAGACACCAGGCUGAAGGACGCCCUUUCUGUGUUGGCGGCUGCGAAGAAAUACGAGGUGGCACGAGCAGUCGCGUUCGCCAAACGUGCUUGUGUCGAGGCUGCCGGCGCUUCACCCGUGCGUCUCUACCUGCUGGCGACGCAGUACAAUUGGGACGACGUGGCCAAAUAUGCAGCCAUGCGUUCUGUGUACGAGACCUCCGAUGCCUACUACCCAGAAAUGGAGUCUGCUUCCGCUGUCGCAUACCGUCGUCUCUUGGUAUAUUGCCGGAAGUGCCGAGACGUCAUAUUACGUGGCGGUGAUGCCGCGCAGGAAACUGGAACACCUGUCGUUCAUUCGGCUUAUUGGAGCCAGUCCAGCUGGUUGAGGCGUCCAGGAGAAGCGAAGUUCUGGCUCGCGUUUCAUGAACGUCUGAGCCGUUGUGUCGACUACGAUUCUGAGGGUGAACCAUAUGUGUACAUGGACGUCGAGGCAUUUCUUCCGAGCGUAGACCGUGCUGCGCGGGCGAGCUCUGGGCCGCCGCACUCUCCUGACGUGAGGUCACCGAGCCCUGCAGGAUGUUUCAAUCGGCAAAACCUCAAAGAAAUCGCCGAAGGUUUGGCGAAGGUGAGAGUCCUUGUUUGAUAUAUGAAUGUAUGUCCCAACUAUCUGCAGAUCAAGCUAUGAUUACUGCAAAGCACUCGCAAACUUGAAGGAUCAUUCAAUAUUUUCAAUCGUCAGGUGAUGUAAAAUGGCGGUCUCUAGGUAUGUUACCAUUUUCAGCAGGCCUAACAGUAUGCAAUUGCUGACAACGAGGUCAGAUAGUCGCCGCCGGCAGACCAUUCUGUAGCGUCUGGAGUCGAUGUCUGCUGGUGGUAUACUAAGUACCUACCUAUGAAUAUAUGACGUGUGACCCGCCUC